AUGAAGGUCACUCUUGCGAACACAACUGGGGCCCUGGAGAUAGCCAUAUCGAUAUCCUUGUUCCUAUUUGGCCUCGUUACGAUGCAGGUGUAUCGAUAUUACCAGCUGUUUCCCGACGAUAAUCGAUUUUACAAGUAUUUUGUCGCCAUAGUGUGGCUUUUUGAGCUGGGACAUUCAAUAUCAGUCUCAUACGAAGUCUAUACGGCGACAACAAGUGAGGUUAUUAUUACGCGAUUCAUCGGGCUUGGGACGGCCCUUAUUCUCAGUGCUGCAAUCACCACAGCGGUUCAGACAUUCUUUUCGUUUCGUGUCUUCAAGCUCCUUCCUCGACCCUUCAAUUACGUCGGCCUCUUAGGAAUGUUUCUCGCUUUUUGGCGAUGCGUAGGCAGCAUUGUACUCGGUCGCUCGGCCAUCUUGACGAGCGAUGUGGUCGGUUGGCGGGAAGGUUGGUUUUGGCUCAUCACUACCCUCUUCGUUUCUGGCGCUACUCUUGAUGUCGUCAUCGCGAUUUCCAUGGUCCUGUUCUUGGCAGACAAACGGCAAGCUGUGCUUUCAGGUGCUGCUCGAGUACUCGACAAGCUUACGGCAUUUACAGUUCGGACUGGGCUACUCACUAGCAUGGCCGCUGUUACCGUGUUAAUUUGCUACCUUACAAUGCCAGAAAAUUUUAUUUGGAUGGCCGCAUAUACCAUUCUCGCUAAGCUAUACUCAAAUUCGCUCAUGGCAUCGUUGAAUUCGCGUGAAGGUCUCAGAGGAGCCUUGCAUGCCUCCCCUCUUGCUGAGUCGUCCUCGCAAUCGUCUUGGAAACGAGGGAUAGAAUUACGGUCGGCCAAGAGAAAUGUUGAACAAACCAGUAGGAGUGGAGUCAGGACUGAGCUGGACAUUACCAACAAUAGCGACUCCGAACGGAAAGAGACUUGGGACACCGCACAAGCCGAGGAGUAUGUUUUACCGGAGAAGAUGGUAUAA